AUGUACGGAUUCGACGCAAUCCUUGCGAUUUCCGUCACCCACUGCUUCCAACGCCGCUCAAAGAACACCAGCAAGGGGCAAUCCACCGACAAUGGAUCGGUGGGGUGCGCGUUGGGUGUCCGGGAAUGGGAAUUUGUGGCUUUGAUGGAGCAGUGGGUGGGAGGACGAAGAGAGUGCGCGAGAGAGUGGCUGAGGAUCCGAGAAGCAGGAGGAGGAGGGAUAUCGCUAGGCGUCGAAGAGGUCUGGGGAGAGGUUGUGGUCAAAGACAAAGGGGCGCGUGCGGCGUGGGACAUCGAAGCCUCUCGGACAAUCGGACCGACCAUUGCUGGUGAAUCGGCUAAUGGAUUAGAGUGCGACUCGGAGGAUGGGGCGGAGGAUGUCGUUGAGGUUCAACGGCCUAGUGACUCUGAGGUGGAGGUGGAGGCAGCAAUGCCAUCUAUCCGCUUGAACUCGAGCUCUCGUCCCGCCCAGCACCAGUCGCUUCAAUAUCCCAAUUUGUGCUCCUCUUCGACAUCCGACCCUACCUAUGGAUCCGUCGAAAUGACGACCCAUGACCCCCUCCGACAUCGCCCAUCAUCGAUGCAUCCUCCUCCGAUACGAUCCCUGGCCUACUUCGACUCCACGAUGCUCUUCGAUGAGGCUACUUCCAAAGGAAUGUGCCGCGCUCACUGGUGGUCUGAUCACAUCUCUUUGGUCCAUGCCUUCAUUGAACAUCUUGUGGAUCGCUGCAGCGCAGAAACCCACUUCGUCGACGUAUACCCGCUCGUGGUAUCGCGCCUGGUGUCCGCUGUUCAUUGGCUUAAGGCGACACCCGGUUUGGACCCCGUUCGUCCGUCGGCGGGUCUCUACCCGGGUGUGGGCCCUUUCAGCUAG